AUGCUUUCUACAAGAUUAGGUUUAAGAGUUACUCCAAGAUUAAAUACAUUAGCUAAAAGAAAUUUCCAAACUUCUUUUAGAUCAAUGAGUGCUGGUUGGGAAGGUACUCCAGCUUCUGGUGUUUAUUCAAAUUUACCAUUCAAAGUUAAAGGUAGAAAAUAUGUUCCAUUUAAAGUCGCUUAUUGGGGUGUCUUGGGAUUCUUCUUUGCUUUCCCAUUCUUAACUACUUAUUGGCAUUUAUAUAAGUCUGGUUCUUUAAGACAACAAUAG